AUGGCACUCAAGCGGCGAAAGCUGUAUUCCGACGUGGCAACAAAGGCGAGCACAGCGCAAGAUCGAUACACACGCAGUGAGAUUAAGUAUGUGAGUGUGAUUGAUGUGCGGAAGAUGCAAAAGCAGGUGGACAAGCUCGCAGGCGAGUACCGGACAUUGGACACGCGAAUCCAAAAGAUGAACUGGGAGGUGGAGUUGAUCGAGGAGUAA